AUGAAUCAACGUGCAAAACAUGUGGUGAAAAAAUGUCCAAAUCUGCACGAUCAUCAAUGUUCUAGUAUUCCAAAAGGUAUUCAUUGCGCAGGACCACAUAUUUCAAACGAUUCAAAAUGCAAAGUGGUAAAAGACUAUCGUGUUGCACUUACUCAUAAUCUCUUAGCUAAACGGAUUCCAGCAAAUAGUGAAUAUACAAAUCUACAACCAACUACAAACAAUAUCCCGGUUGGCGGUUCAACCUCUGGGGGUUCUUAUGCCUCGGUAGUCAAAGGGAUGCCAUCAAAUUCAAACGAUGUCUUAUUAAAGAAACUUGAUAAUAUUUUAGUUAAAGUAGAAGAAGAAUCUAGUGCAACGCGUCAGUCUCUCGAAGAAUUAUACUAA